AUGGACUUUACAUCCACUGAAGUUUAUAACACUACGGACUUUACAUCCAUAGAGGAUUAUAACACUACGGACUUUACAUCCACUGAAGAUUAUAACACUACGGACUUUACAUCCACGGAGGAUUAUAACACCACGGACUUUACAUCCACUGAAGUCUAUAACACUACAGACUUUACAUCUACUGAGGAUUAUAACACUACGGACUUUACAUCCACUGAAGAUUAUAAUACUACGGACUUUACAUCCACGGAGGAUUAUAUCACAACGGACUUUACAUCGACAGAGGAUUAUAACAUAACUGAUUACACAACAGCAGAAGUUUACAACACAACGGACUACUCAUCAACCGAGGAUUAUAAUGUCACGGACUCUACGACGCCUGAAAACACACCGAAAUCUCACAAUACAACAACAGAGGAUUCUGCUGCAAAUUCCACCCCAACAGUCAAUGUGGCCACUACACUUAAUGCACUGGAUUUGGUUGGGAAACCGACAGUCAUCCUAUCCCCUGAGGUCGUUGCCGAUCGACAACUUUCUACAGACGGUACUAGAUUCGAGCCUGUGAUGAUCUGUCUCUUCUGGAAGCCCUUGUCCGGCCUUUUUUACAAUCUUAAAUGGUUUAUCAACAACAAUCUAUUGGAAAAAGCUUUAUUUGAUGACGUGGCCGAGGCUGACCUUAACACUACAGUACUCCGUCCUUCACACUGGACACAUCGCUAUAGCAUGAACAUGGAUGUAAGUGACGAGAAAACAAAACUUACUAUAGAGGCUUAG